CACUACUCUCUCUCUUAUCUCUUUUGUAUUCCUUCUUAUUUCUCACAUCCAUAGCUAAUACGGUAUCAGUUCAAAUGGAUAAGCAUCUUAGGACCAAGCAAGCCAAGACCAACCCUAUUGUGGCUUCCUCAUCAUCUGAAGAAGUGAGUAGUCUUGAGUGGGAAGCUGUGAACAUGAAUCAAGAAGAAGAAGAUUUGGUCUGUAGAAUGCAUAAGCUUGUCGGCAACAGGUGGGAGUUGAUAGCUGGGAGGAUCCCAGGAAGGACUGCAGAAGAAGUUGAGAGGUUUUGGGUCAUGAAGAAAAAAUGAACGAUCUCUGAAGUUCCACUGAUUAGGUUUUAAUCUACCAAUUUCGUAAUAGGAUAUUUUACUGCGAUAAUUUAACGAUCUUUUAGAUGUGCUUAGGAAGUUAUGUAAUGUCGCUUCUACUGGUUGUUUCGUUUUUUCUCAGUAGUUUUGGGAGUUUCUUUAAUUUUCAUGUGUUUGGAUGGUUUGUUUCGGUUUCAUAUCUUUGUUUGGUUUGUUUUAGUUUCGUUAUGAAAGAGUAGAUCAUGUCGGUUUGAAUUAUAUAACUUGGUUUUCUGUUAACUUUCAAAAG